AUGACAACAACUAAUGCUCCUACAAGCACAACUGUGGUUUCCACAACAACACCCCUGACAACUACAACAAUUGAAACAUCCAUGACCACAGCCCCAACAAGCACGACUGAGACCACAACUGUGGUUUCAACAACAACACCCCUGACAACUACAACAAUUCAAACAACCAUGUCCACAGCUCCAACAAGCACGACUGAGACGUUGACAACCACACAACAAAUUCCAGCUACAACAACUGUUUCUCCUACAAGCACAACUUUGUCUUCCACAACAACAUCUUCAACCACAGCUCCAACAACCACAACUGCGGCUCCCACAACCACAACAAAUUCUCCAACUACAACACCUAUUCAAACAACAACAACAACUAAUGUUCCAUCAACCACAACUUUGCUUUCCACAACAACACUCCCAACAACUACAGCACUUCCAACAACAACAACAACCACUGCUCCAACAAGCACAACGGAGACAUCGACAACCACACUGCAAAUUCCAACUACAACAACAACUAUUUCUCCAACAAGCACAACUGUGGCUUCCACAACAUUACCUUCAACAACAUCUCCAAUAACCACGACUGAGGCAACCACAACAAAUGCUCCAACCACAACACCACUUCCAACAAUGACAACAACUAGUGCUCCUACAAGCACAACUGUGGUUUCCACAACAACACCCCUGACAACUACAACAAUUAAAACAUCCAUGACCACAGCCCCAACAAGCACGACUGAGACGUUGACAACCACUACGCAAAUUCCAACUACAACAACUGUUUCUCCUACAAGCACAACUGUGGCUUCUACAACAACACCUUCAAUAACAGCUCCAACAACCACCACUUCCAACAACAACAACCACUGCUCCAACAAGCACAACGAAGACAUCGACAACCACACUGCAAAUUCCAACUACAACAACAACUGUUUCUCCAACAAGCACAACUGUGGCUUCCACAACAUUACCUUCUACAACAUCUCCAAUAACCACGACUGA